CAUGAUUUUUGGAUUUUUUUCUGCUUUGAUUAUCUACAUUAACAUCAACUUCUUUAUUUUCACGUUUAUUUGUAUAUUUUCUACCAAUUUUAGGGAAUUCAUAUGUAAUUUCUGUCUUGUUAUUGUCUUCAAAAUCUUCUUGCACAAGAUCAAAAUUUUCUAUUCUUGGUAAGGGUACGGAAGAAUCAAUACAAGAUUUUGGAUUUAAUGUAGGCCUAUCCUUAUUCAAAAUUGCCUCAAUCUCUUCUUUAUAUUGAAUAACAAUGGGAGGUCCGCCACUUUUUUUUGAAG